GGUCUCCAAUCUGCCAUUUUUUGUCCCUGAGUAAGUCUCUGGCGUCCCAAAUUCCCUGUUUUUUUCACAGGCUCUAUUCCGUCCGCUGGUCCACCACCUCAGGGGAACGAUGGCCGCAGAGUCCACAGCCACUGCCGCCAUCGCCGCGGAGCUGGUUUCCGCCGAAAAAAUUGAAGAAGAUGCUCCUGCUCCUUCUACCUCUGCAGAUAAAGUGGAGAGUCUGGAUGUGGAUAGUGAAGCUAAGAAACUAUUGGGUUUAGGACAGAAACAUCUGGUGAUGGGGGAUAUUCCAGCAGCUGUCAAUGCCUUCCAGGAAGCAGCUAGUCUUUUAGGUAAGAAGUAUGGAGAGACAGCUAAUGAGUGUGGAGAAGCCUUCUUUUUCUAUGGGAAAUCACUUCUGGAGUUGGCAAGAAUGGAGAAUGGUGUGUUGGGAAAUGCCCUGGAAGGUGUGCAUGUGGAAGAGGAGGAAGGAGAAAAAGCAGAAGAAGAAUCUCUGGUAGAAAAUAAUGAUAACAUAGAUGAGGAAGCAAGGGAAGAGUUGAGAGAACAGGUUUAUGACGCCAUGGGAGAAAAAGAAGCCAAAAAAACAGAAGACAAUUCUCUGGUAAAGCCCGAAAUGGAUGAAGAACAAGAGACUGAAAUGGAAAAGGGUGGAAGAGAAGAUAUGGAUGUAAGUGAGCCUGCAGAGGAACUACAGGAAAGAGCUGAAUCAACUUCAGAUCAGUUACCUGAAACCACUGAAGAGGCAAAAGGAGCAGCAGCACCAGAAGGACUGAUUGAAGAUGAAGUCACUUCUGAGAAGCCAGAACAGGAAGUACCAGAUGCUGAGGAAGGAAAAUCAGUUACUGGAACUGACGUCCACGAAGAGUGCAGAGUCAAAGGGGGUCAGGGAAAAGUAAUUGUGAGCAUAAAGGAGGAGAAGCCAAAAGAAGCUUCAGAAGAGCAGCCUGUUGUGACUCUAGAAAAGCAGGGCACUGUAGUGGAGAUAGAAGCAGUCAAGCCAGUGGAUGUGGGUGGGGAUGAGCCAAAGGAGCAGGUAGCUGCUGCCUCUGAAGAUGAGCCAGGAAAGGCUGCUCUUGAGCAGUUGAUAGGGCAAGAGUUGCCUCCUGUUGAAGAGUCAGCAGAGGCUGCAGAGGCCUCAGCUGCAGAAGCUGGAUCAGAAGUUUCUGAGAAGCCUGGGCAGGAGACCACAGUUUUCCCUAAGGGUGGUGCAGUCAAUGGACUGUCAGCUGCAGGGGAUCAUACUCCCACUGAACCACAGACUAAUGCAGAAGGACUGACAGAAAUAGAAGAUGGCCCAGGACUAGAGGAGAAGGUCAGGGCAGAGUUGGUUCCUAGCCAGGAGGAGACUAAGCUGUCUAUACAAGAAUCUGAGGCAGCUGGAGAUGGGGUUAAGACUGAGGUAGCCCAGGGGGCUACUGAGAAAUCCCCUGAAGACAAAGUUAAGAUAGCUGCUAAUGAAGAAACACAAGAGAAAGAAGAACAGAUGAAAGAGGGUGAAGAAACCGAGGGCUCAGAAGAGGAAGAUAAAGAAAAUGACAAGGCUGAAGAAACACCAAAUGAUUCAAUUCUUGAAAACAAGUCUCUUCAAGAAAAUGAAGAGGAGGAGAUUGGGAACCUAGAGCUUGCCUGGGAUAUGCUGGAUUUAGCAAAGAUCAUUUUUAAAAGGCAAGACACGAAAGAAGCUCAGCUUUAUGCUGCACAGGCACAUCUUAAACUUGGAGAAGUUAGUGUUGAAUCUGAGAAUUACGUCCAAGCUGUGGAGGAGUUCCAGGCUUGCCUAAACCUGCAGGAGCAGUACCUGGAAGCCCAUGAUCGUCUCCUUGCAGAGACCCACUACCAGCUGGGCUUGGCCUAUGGGUACAACUCUCAGUAUGAUGAGGCAGUGGCACAGUUUAGCAAAUCUAUUGAAGUCAUUGAGAAGAGAAUGGCUGUACUGAAUGAGCAGAUGAAGGAAACUGAGGGAUCAUCUACUGAAUAUGAGAAAGAAAUUGAGGAGCUGAAGGAACUGCUACCUGAAAUUAGAGAGAAGAUAGAAGAUGCAAAGGAGUCCCAGCAUAGUGGGAAUGUUGCUGAAUUGGCUCUGAAAGCAACUCUGGUGGAGAGCUCUACUUCAGGUUUCACUCCUAGUGGAGGGGGCUCGUCAGUCUCCAUGGUGGGUAUGCAGAUUGCUAGUAGAAAGCCAGCAGAUGGUGCUUCCUCGUCAAAUUGUGUAACUGAUAUUUCCCACCUUGUCAGAAAGAAGAGGAAACCAGAGGAAGAGAGUCCCCGGAAAGAUGAUGCAAAGAAAGCCAAACAAGAGCUGGAGGUGAAUGGAGGCAGUGGGGAUGCUGUCUCCAGUGGAACUGAAGUUUCGGAAAACAUGGAGGAGGAGGCUGAGAAUCAGGCUGAAAGCCGGGCAGCGGUGGAGGGGACAGUGGAGGCCGGAGCUACAGUUGAAGGCGCUGCAUGUUAAGAGAGGGAGCAGCCUUCCUCCCAAGGGAAAGUGUUUUUGUAUAUAAUGUAUUUUUUCACUUUUGGGGGAUUCUUUUUGUAUAACUUCAAUAAAGACUGUAAGCAAA